AUGAAGUUUCUCUGUGCAGUAGUGUUAGUGUGCCUUUUAGUUUAUUCCGACAAAAUUGGUGCACAAUCAAUAAGCUCACAAAUCACAGAUCAAGAAAUCCAAGAAGGAAACAAUGUGACAGCCUUUGAAAAUUUAAUUAUCUUGGAUGACCUUCUCGACGUAUUCGAUAUCCGGAGUAUUGGAUUGAACUGGAAUAAUGUGUACAAGUUAUUGACAAGUAAUUGCUCACGAGACAUGAAAGAAUAUCUGCAUGGUUUACAGGCUGGCAAAAUAUGGGCCAUCAAAAUGGACGAUUCAUCCGGAAAAUACAACAAAGGAUUUUUCUGGGGAAAUAACUACUGGACUGGAUCCAUCACACAAUGUUCUUUUAUUCACCGGAAAAAUACCUCUAGCAAAAACCUUACGAUGACAACAAAAAAUACGGAUUUAACGUACAUUAACGGAAAUUUUCUCGGUUCUUCGGAUAUGAUGCACGAAAACCCACCGUUUGUUCCAGGCUUUUACAUGCUCAAAGUUUUACUAAACAAUACGUAUAGGCUUGGACCGCCAAGGACCAUUUUAAUGGGUCUCUGCCUACCUGGAUCCUGCCAGUUAAGCGACGUUAUCCAAAUGACCCGUACGAGCAAAUCUGCUGAAAAGAACUUCCAAGUACUAGGCGUGAGAUCACCGACAUUAAAUAAUUUUUCUCUAUGGGAAGACUUCACGUUCCAGAUUUUAUUCGCUGCUACUGUCAUUGUAACGCUAUUAUUAAUUGGAGGUACAGGCUGUGAUCUUAUACUGAGGAAGAGAUAUGAAGAGAACCUACGAAUGAAAAAGUAUUCCAAAGAUUUAAAUUCAGAAUCCUCUUCCGGACUAGGCUGUACUACAUACGACCUCACGCGAAACCUUCCAGACAAGGCAGCCAAAACAAAUUGCGAUGCCUUCAGCAUUCCCACAGGAGUAAAUAACAAUAACUCGGAUGAAAAUCUCGCUAUUGAACCUACUUCCAAUGAUGACGAAAAACUAAGUGUAUGGACUGAGCUACUUCUAUCGUUUUCGAUUGUUACAAACUUUCGAGCAAUUUGUGAUAAAAAUGUUGGCAAUGACACCAUUCCUUCCAUUCACGGACUACGCGCACUUUCCAUGCUUUGGGUUAUUUUAGGACACACCAUGAUUGUUGUUUUUAAGUACUCGGAUAAUAUGGAACUUCGAAAAGUCGUUGAGAAGGAAGUAAUGUUUCAAACAAUUCUUAAUGGUGCAUACAGCGUAGAUACGUUCUUUUUCAUUAGCGGUUUUUUGGUUUCAUACAUAUAUUUUCGAACGAAUGCCAAAGGAAAACUGGAAAUUAUAACCCAAGGCGUGAAUGAGUUCACAGCUGGAACAUAUCAUUUUAUCGGACUCGUCAGUUAUCGUUUUGUUAGGUUGACUGCUCCAUAUCUUUAUGUCCUCGGCGUAGUGGAAGUUGUAAUGAGGUAUUUGGAACAAAAUUCUGUAUUCGAACCACCAACUCAAGAUCACGUGACCUGCCCAAAAUAUUGGUGGCGUAAUAUAUUGUACAUAAAUACACUCUUCCCUGUAGAGCAAAUGUGUAUGCUUUGGAGUUGGUAUUUAGCAGAUGACACACAAUUCUACAUCAUAGGAGCAGUUAUCCUGAUAGUUGCCGUGAGGCAUUUCAAAUUUGCCGCCGCAAUGGUUACCAUAUUUAUGAUUUCAUCGUGGGCUACCACUGGAUACAUAGCAUUUACAAAUAAUCACAUGCCCAAUGCAGAUGAUCCGUUUGCUCUAUUUGAUAAAAUCUACGAUAAGCCCUGGACUCGCCUAGGCCCGUAUCUUGUGGGAAUGAGCGUCGGUUGGAUCCUGUUCAAAACCAAUUGUAAAAUAAAUAUGUCCAAGGUUUUGGUGGCUUCAGGUUGGAUCACUUCUACAUUGAUGACUCUAUAUUUACUAUUUGGUUUGUUUAAUACCACACUCACUAAACCAGCAGCAGCAGCAUAUAGUUCUCUGAGUCACACUGGAUGGGCAUUAUCAUGCGCUUGGGUUAUCAUUGCCUGCUCCACAGGAUACGGAGGAUGGGUAAAUAAUCUUCUCUCGGCUCCUAUUUUGUAUCCUCUAUCUAGGGUCACCUACUGUGCGUAUUUGGUACAUCCAAUUGUGAAUCGAAUAUAUGCAAUGGAGUCGGAUUCUCCGAUCCACAUGACACCGAACAACUUGACAACAUUAUACCUAGGACAAGUGGUAUCUUCAUACGUACUGGCAUUCAUCGUAUCACUUUCUUUUGAAGCUCCGGUUGUCACAAUGCUGAAAAUUAUGUCCCCUAGCAGGAAAAAAGAAAUAUGA